AUGAAUAACCCAGACACAGAUCUAGAAAGUGUUCGUCACGAAUAUCGUGCACAACUAGCAGAGUUAACGUUUAACUCUAAACCAAUAAUCACUAAUUUGACCAUUAUUGCUCAAGAAAAUAUUCAUGUCGCGCGUGCUAUUGUACAAGCGAUAGAAGAUCAGAUCAAAGCUUCACUCCCGCCUCAAAAACUGCCAGUUUUAUAUCUACUAGAUUCAAUAAGCAAGAAUGUUGGUGGGGUGUACAUUACACUUUUUUCUCAUAAUCUUUUACACACAUUUAUCGAUGCAUAUCACGCUGUCGAUGACACCACAAAACAAAAAUUCGAGCGCGUUCUAAAUACAUGGAAAGUUGGACCUAAUGGUGGACCGGUGUAUCCUCCUGAAGUGACUGGAUUGAUUGAAAGGGCUUUGAUUAAACAGCAGCAAAUACGAUAUCAGAAUAGAGGAUCGAUUGAUGGACGAAAUCACAUUCACAUAAAUCCUAAUUUCUUAGCUGGAAUGUAUGGAUCGGAAACAGCACCAUUAGUUGCACAGCUUCCGUUGCAACAAUCUCAAGUAUUUAUGCCACCACCCGAUCAAACACGCCUUAUACAAGAAUAUCGAGCCCUGCUAUUACAAAGGCAACAAUACGCAUUACAGAAUGCAGGAGAUCCUAAUAAUCAAGUACAAAUUCAAACUUUACAAGGGUUGUUGGAUAUAAUUCAAAUGACAACCUUAACGCCGGAUCAAAUUCAACAACUCCGCCAACAAAUUUCUAGUUAUAUGUCACCGUCGCAGCAACCACAUGCUGCUACUACAUCUUAUGGAAAUCUUCCGACGACAACCACCACGGCUGACUUGAAUGCAUUAUUAGCCCAACAUGGUGCGCUGCAACAUAAUAUCUCAACAUCUGCUACUGCUGCUUCUACUAGUAGUAGCACUAAUACACCACCUACCGCGACAUCUGCACCAUUAUACCCUUCUCAACCUUUGAACUUAACUCAAUCAUCACUACCUCAUACUGCGUCAUCGUCGUCAUCCAUCGGUUUACAGUCGUCAGUUAAUUCUUUAGUAUCAGAUCCAAAUGCAUUAGUUAGAAAUUUAAUGGAUUUCGGAUUAUUGGGUUCAAAGGCUGCUGGAGCAGGAGGGGUAGUAGGAGGAACACCUACAACACCUCCAAUUGUUGUUACUGUAACAGGAUCUACGCUUAUUAAGGAACUAGGCAAAAUUCAAUUGACAAGUAGCGAUAUUCAGAAGAAACGUGAUGGUGCAAUAGCUAUAUUAUAUGACGCGUAUCCACUUCAAUGCAAACAAUGUGGAUUUCGAUAUGCUAAAACGGAAGAGGGUAAGGCAAAGAUGGAUGCUCAUCUUGAUUGGCAUUUUCGACAAAAUCGUAGAAUGAAAGAUAAAGCGAAGACGGCCCAGAGCAGGAAUUGGUUUGUUACUGAGGAGGAUUGGAUUUAUUCGCGUGAAUCGGAAAUAAAUACAAUUAUUCAAUCUGCAGCCUAUUUCGAACCAGCGCCUUCCACAUCCGAAGAAGAAGUGAUGAACGAGUCAACGGUGAUUGUACCAUUAGACUGGGAAAAAAUUAGUAAACCUUGCCCGAUCUGUCAAGAGAAGUUCAAGAAAUAUUAUAGUGAUGCGGAUGAUGAAUGGAUUUUCAAGAAUGCUGUCGAGAUUGGUGGAGUUAUUUAUCACGCGAGUUGUUAUGCCGAUGUUAUAAAGAAUCAAGAAACGGCGCAAUCGUCGUCUCGUGAAAGUACACCAAGUACGGUGCUUGGAAAACGAAAAGCCGAAGAGUCACAGCCUGAAGUUCUCGAAGUCCAAAAACGGCCGGCCCUUGUUUCAUGA